UCUUGUUUGUAUGUGCAUAAAUAAAGACCAAUAAAUCUAUUGUCUUCAAUUGUAAUAUUAAAAAUGAAAGUAAUUCAAUUUUUACAUCUGUUCUUUGCAGUCUUUGUAACAGCAGUUCUUCCAAAAUCAAAUGCUGAAAUUUGGAACAAGCCACCUAGUUGUUUCAUCGACAAUCAAAGAAAAAAUUACUUAAGGAUUGACGAACCAGUUUACGAUACUGAUGAAGAAACUAUUAUUUCUCAGAAUAGACAAUAUGAAAUGACAAACGUCAGACAAUAUGUUGUUAAUAAUUAUCCCUAUUUUAAGGGAAAUAUUUUUGAAACUCCUGAAAGAAUGGUGUACUUACCAUCACAUACACUUCAGAUUCGUUUGAUGCAAAUAGACGAAAAGAAAGAAAUUAGCAGAGCGGGAGAUUUUUAUUAUUACAAUUUUACUAUAACACUAAUCUGUAAUAAUGAUGAUUUGGUUGAUGUGUACACAGUUCUUCCUAUAAUUGACACCAACAACCCCGAGCCAUUUUUUGGUAAACCAAAAUACACCUACAACCUAAUUUCUUCAUAUGCUGAAGAUUUCAAACGUCAACAACUUCUAAACCCCAUUAUCGCAACAGAUUAUGAUGUAACCAACGCAGCAGUACAAUUUACCAUGGAAAAUAAUCCACAUUUUGACAUAAUGUACAAUGGAAUUGUAGCUAAUACACUCAACAAGCAUCAUUACGCUUUACUAACGCCCAAAGUCCCUGGCAAACUUAUUACUGACAAAAUUGAAGUUACUAUUAAAGUGACUGACAUGGGAUUUCCCCCGAGAAGUAACGUUACAAAAGUCGUAAUAAAUCCACCAUCGCCACCAAUGCCAAUUUUUAAAUCUCCUUUUUAUGUAGGUCAUUAUUACAAGAAUAAUACGUUUGUUAUGCAUGAAAAUCCAGAAUUGGAUGAAGGAUGUACAUUUUAUUCGACAAGUGUUGAAAUAUCAUAUAACAAUGUAAUAAGUAGAAUUUUUUAUACUACAAUAGUCGAUGAUAAGAUUAUUAUAAACAAAAGUGAUGGUGAGAGUUUGUAUGAUUUUUACGAAGAAAACUACACAGCUUACCAACUGAAAGCAAAAUAUACUGAUCCAAUCACCAAUCUGUUUAAUGUUGGAGUAGCAACUUUUAUUGUAGAACAUCAUCACGAUUUAUAAAGAAAUUAACCAUUGUUUAUUAUUAAAUACAUUUGAAUAAAUCUUUAA